UCCAAACCCGGCGAUUCGUCAACACGCGUGUCUCUGCAGCAACGUAAACAAACACGGAUUGCCCUCGAAUUUCAGCGCAACUGACCAGGCCAAGAUGCUCACGAACCGGGUGUUUAUGAAGAAAACCCGAAAGGGCGGAAUAAUCAAAGUUGUUCGCGAACACUAUCUCCGGGAUGACAUCGCGUGCGGAAUCGGUUCCUGCGGGUUGUGCUCUACGUCGGAGGGCCGAACGCUGCUGGACGAGGCACCUCAGCCGGGCAGCACCGCAUUUACGGCGCCACACUAUUUGAUGCUGGACACGAACAUCAUUCUGUAUCAGAUCGAUUUCCUCGAGUCGGAAGCAAUCCGGAACGUGAUCGUGCUGAGCACGGUGUUGGACGAGGUGCGGCACAGGAGUCCGGUGAUUUUCAAGCGGUUGAGGAAGAUUCUGGCGGAUCCGGGAAGGAAGUUUUUCACGUUUGUGAACGAGCACCAUCGGGACACGUAUUUGAGCAAAGGCGUUGGAGAGUCGGCGAACGAUCGGAACGACCGGAUGAUUCGGAGAGCGGCCGCGUGGUACGGGAAGCAUAUGCUGGAGGACAACGCGAAGUGUAAGGUGAAGGUGGUGGUGCUGUCCGACGAUGCGGAGAAUCGAGCCAAGGCCAAGAAGGACGGAUUGCUGGUUUCUUCGGUGGCGGAUUACGUCGGUUCAUUAAGCGGACAUCCGGAACUGCGGGACAAGGUGUUUAAUGCGGAAAAGUGGCAAGACGAAUCGAGGAUUAUCUUUCCGGCGCAUUUGACUGCGUCGCAGAUUCACGAGGGGAUUAAGAAGGGAGACUUUCUUCAGGGAAGCUUCUUCGCUUCGAGGGACAACUUUUUGGAGGGAAACGUACGGGUUGAGGCGUAUGAAGAACCGGUUUUGAUUCAAGGAAGGUUGAAUUUGAACCGUGCCGUUGAUGGAGACGUUGUGGCGGUUCGAAUGCUGCCGAAGAGUGAGUGGAAAUGUCCCAGCAAGGUGGUUUUGGUUGAUGAGCAGAACGUGGACGAUGACGCUGCCAUGGAAGUGGCCGAUCCGGAGUUUGAGGAAGAUUCCGGUGAGGAGAAGACUCCGACGGCCGCGGUUGUUGGUAUUAUCAAGCGCAAAUGGCGCCAGUAUUGUGGCAUUUUGGCCGCGAAUCCGUUGGCGCAAUCGACGCGGCAUUUGUUCGUUCCUUCGGAUAGGAAUGUGCCGAGAAUUCGGAUUGAAACGCGUCAAUCGGCGACCCUCAUCUCGCAACGGAUUGUGGUGGCGAUUGACUACUGGCCAAGGCAUUCCAAGUAUCCGAUUGGACAUUUUGUGCGUGCGUUGGGUGGAAUCGGCGAGAAGGACACCGAGAACGAGGUGAUUUUGCUGGAGCACGACGUUCCACACGGAAGUUUCUCCGAAGAGAUCAAGAGUCAGCUGCCGAAACUGCCUUGGACCGUUGAGCCUGAGGAGUACAAGAAGCGAGUUGAUUUGCGGGACAUAACAAUCUGCUCGGUUGAUCCGCCCGGUUGUACCGAUAUUGACGACGCGCUGCAUGCGCGGAGAUUGGCCAACGGGAAUAUCGAAGUUGGUGUUCACAUUGCGGACGUGACGCAUUUCAUCAAACCCGGAACUCCGCUGGACAAAGAAGCCUCCCUGCGAGCUACCACGGUCUACCUCGUCGAUAAGCGAAUUGACAUGGUUCCGGACGUGUUGAGUUCUAAUCUGUGCUCGCUUCGUGGUGGCGAAGAACGACUUGCCUUUUCGUGCAUUUGGGAGUUGGACGACGAAGCCAACAUUCAAAAUACGCGCUUCCACAAGUCGGUCAUCCAGUCGAAGGCUGCCCUGACCUACCAGGAAGCUCAGCUGAUCAUCGACGACCCAUCGCAGACAAACGAAACCGCACAAUCCCUCAGGCUGCUCAACACUCUCGCUAAAAUCUUGAAACGUCGCCGUAUCGACAACGGUGCCCUCGUGCUGGCCUCGCCGGAAAUUCGCUUCAACAUUGACAGCGAAACGCACGAUCCGAUCGACGUGGUCGCUAAAAAGCUGAUGGACACCAACUCAAUGGUGGAAGAAUUCAUGUUGCUCGCAAACGUUUCCGUGGCCGAGAAGAUCCACCAAGAGUUCCCCGAGUACGCCCUGCUCCGAAGACAUCCCUGUCCGCCGGAAGCCAACUUUGAACCACUCAAAAAAGCCGCGUCCUAUCAAGGCUUCGAAAUCAUCACCGACAGCGGCAAGCAGCUCGCAACCAGCCUGGACGAAGCCGUUAAACCGGACAACCCUUACUUCAACACCCUGCUCCGUAUCCUCACCACCCGUUGCAUGAUGCAAGCCGUUUACUUCAUCAGUGGAACCAUCCAACAAGCGGAAUACUUCCAUUACGGUCUCGCCUCCCCAAUCUACACCCACUUCACCUCGCCGAUCCGUCGUUACGCGGACGUCAUCGUGCAUCGUCUGCUCGCGGCCUGCAUCGGCGCGGACGCCACCUACUCCGCCCUGCUGGACAAACAAAGCACCUCCCAGCUGUGCAACAACCUCAACUACCGCAACCGGAUGGCGCAGUAUGCGGGCCGAGCCUCGGUCGCCCUGCACACCCAUCUGUUCUUCCGCGAUCGCACCGAAGACGAGGAGGGUUACAUUCUGUUUGUCAAGAAGAACGCCAUCCAGGUCAUUAUUCCCAAGUACGGCCUCGAGGGCACAAUCUACGUGGCCGGCCGGAAUCAGGAGACGCUGAAAAACAAACCCACCUUCGUGUACAACGAAGAAACUCAAACGCAAAGCUGUGGCUCGGUUGAAUUCCACGCGUUUGACAAGAUCGUCGUACGGUUGAGUCUAGAUUCCACGAACGUGCAGCACCAGCGGCUGGUGUUUGAACUGGUGCAGCCGUACAUUGAAGGAUUCAGCGUGGAGGCGCUGGGCAAGGAUGGCGGAGAGGACAAGGCGGUGGCCAAGAGGAAGAGUGGUGGCGCCGACGUGGAACAUCAGGAGAAAAGUGCCAAAAAGAGCAAGAAAGAUGGCAAAGGAAAGAAGAAGUAAAAUGGAUGGACAACUAUUGAAAACAUGAUUUUUUGUGCUUGGAUGGACGGAAUCCAAGAACGUUAGUUUUUAAUUAAUAAAAAUAAUCAAAUAAGUGAAA